CAUUGGAGAUUCCUCUUCCCGUGAAAACACGACUGUUCUUAACGGGGGGCCUGAGCAGGCUCCGGUAACUCCUGGUCCAGAAGUUCCUUCCGAACCAUGGCGGAAUACUCUUAUGUGAAGUCCACGAAACUCGUGCUCAAGGGGACGAAGGCCAAGAGUAAGAAGAAAAAGAACAAAGAUAAGAAGAGAAAGAGAGAAGAGGAUGAAGAAACUCAGCUUGACAUCGUUGGAAUUUGGUGGACAGUAGCAAACUUCGGUGACAUUUCAGGAACCAUAGCGAUUGAAAUGGAUAAAGGAACCUAUAUCCAUGCACUUGACAAUGGUCUUUUUACUCUGGGAGCUCCACAUAAAGAAGUUGAUGAGGGCCCUAGUCCUCCAGAGCAGUUUACUGCCGUCAAGUUGUCUGAUUCCAGAAUUGCCCUGAAAUCUGGCUAUGGAAAGUAUCUUGGCAUAAAUUCAGAUGGACUUGUUGUUGGGCGUUCAGAUGCCAUUGGACCAAGAGAACAAUGGGAACCAGUCUUUCAAGAUGGGAAAAUGGCUUUAUUGGCCUCAAACAGCUGCUUUAUUAGAUGCAAUGAAGCAGGUGAUAUAGAAGCAAAAAGUAAAAUAGCUGGAGAAGAAGAAAUGAUAAAGAUCAGGUCCUGUGCUGAAAGGGAAACCAAGAAGAAAGAUGACAUCCCAGAAGAAGAUAAAGGCAACGUGAAACAGUGUGAAAUCAAUUACGUAAAGAAAUUUCAGAGCUUUCAAGACCACAAACUUAAAAUAAGCAAAGAAGAUAGUAAAAUUCUCAAGAAGGCUCGGAAAGAUGGAUUUUUACAUGAAACACUUCUGGACAGGAGAGCCAAAUUGAAAGCUGAUAGAUACUGCAAAUGACCAGAAUUUUUGUUUCUGUCUUACGCUUUGGUUUUUCUGAAUAAAAUAUUCGCUGAGUAUUUUCACA